AGCACAAUAACCUCCACACGCUCGCCCUCGUCCUCACGACCAGCUUCCAUCCGCGACAGCACAAACACCACCGCAAACAGCACACCCGUACCAACACCCUCACGCCGCCGCGACCGCGCCGCCCUUCGCGAAUUCUACAACCUCCAAGCCUCCGACGCCGCGAAAGCCCCUCCCGCACCCAUCACACAACAACAAGAAGACACCACACCCCCAGACGCCCUAGCAGUAUUGGACAACCCCUCCUUCUCCGCAGACCGAUACGUACAAGAGCUCCUAACAUCUUCCGAUGCGGAAGGUCUGCUGCGAACGUUGAAUUCCAUCACCAUUUCCUCCUUGGGGUUGGAGGGUGAUAAGAAGGCAUUGGUGUAUGAUAAUUAUACCACGCUGUUGUCGGCGACGAAGACGAUUUCGAAGAUGAGGGAGAAUGUGGAUCCGAUGGCGCCGGUGACGACGACGUUGGAGCCUGCGGUGGGUCAUAUUGUUGAUGUUGCGGUUGGUAUCUCGGAGAGUCGGAAAGGAGGAGGGAAAGGUGGGAGUAAAGAGGGGGAUAGAGAGGUGGUGAGGUGGGUGCUGGGUGCACCGGAGAGGUUUGGUAAGAUGAAAGAGGAGGGGAGGAAUGAAGAGAUGGAGCAGCAGUGGGAGGAGGUUAGGACGUUGCUUGAGAAGUGGGAAGGUGUGAAAGGCGUUGAAGAAGUCAGGAGGAAGUGUGAAGAGGUUGUU